UAAAGAGGGAAUGAGUACGAAACAAAAACAGUAAAGAUACUCCGUAUGAAUGUACGUUAACACAUAGCAGAUUAGCAGGAGUCUGAAAUGUGGUACACGUGUUAGGUGUAGGGCCAUUUGCAUGAGCUGCCCAUUGUAUUUCCCUGAAUACUAUGUUCUCUUAACUCAUCUUCCCUUAUAUACAGCCCUAAAUCAAUCCAACAAAAACAAUUUGUCUUGAUCCACUUUCCAAAUAAUUACUCUCAAACAAAAAUUAAAAAAACCAUUCUAAAUAAUAAAAACAUACCGAAGAAAAAAAUGAAGGUGAUGAUAGCACUUGAUGAAAGUAAAGGGAGUUUUUACGCUCUAAACUGGGUGUUAUCCAAUGUUUUGAAGCCUGUUAUUUCAACUGAAAAUGAAGAAAGGGAGAAUUUGGUGUACUUGGUUCAUGUCAACCUUCCUUUCCAAACUUAUGUCUAUCCUGCCGGACCUGUUGUUUAUACGACAACUUCGGUCUUAGAAUCUGUUAAGCACGCACAAGAGCAAAUAUCGGCAGGUAUAUUCGCUCGCGCUAUGAAAAGCUGUAAGGAUUUGAAGAUUAAAGCAGAAGCAUUGACUAUGCGUGGUGAACCAAAGGAAGUACUUUGUCAAGUUGCUGAGCAGAAGCAAGUUGACCUGUUGGUUGUAGGUAGUCGCGGUCUUGGCGUGCUGAAAAGGGCCUUCCUGGGAAGCGUUAGUGAUUAUUGUACGCACCAUGCACAUUGUCCUGUGCUGAUUGUAAAGCCGCCUAAGGAUUUCAUAAACAAUGAAGAAUUCCCCCAAAAAACAGCCGCCUAAGACGACGAAGAAACUCUAAUAUACAAGAAAUAUAGUUAUUAUUUGCUUGUAUCUUUUCUUGGAUAUGCAAGAGAACACUGUCUCAUACUCUGAAUUGUGUGUGUAGUUUUUUCUAUUGUUGGACAAAUAUAGGCUACAAGUCAUAUGAAUUUUCUCUUUAUAUAAUACUUACAGUCGUAGAUAUUUAUAGGGUUUGUUCACAGUGCUGUUUAAGCCCUAUAAUAUAGGCUACAAGUCAUAUGAAUGUUUCCAUUGUUGGACAAAUGGACAACCAUAUUUGUUUGGCAUUGCUUCUUUUUGGGGUUUGGUUUUUGUGUGUGGGUUUUCUCUAAUUUUAUUUUUUUUUUUUUUUUUUUUUUUUUUUUUUUUGAAGAAUUGUAGUUUGGUAAGGUUUUUUUUUUUUUUUUUUUUAAUUGUGAUUUGGUAAUUAAAAAGGGUGUGACUUGAGAUUUUUCUAUUUUUAUUGAUAGAAAUGCGAGUUUAGUAAUUUAAAUAAAUUAAAGGGUCACAAAAAUUAAAUGAUUUGGAUGCAUUCUAUUUACCUACUCGUAUAAUUAAUUAAUUUAAUUUAUGGAACAAUUGAGAAAAUAAAAAUAAAAUAAAGUGAGCAUAUAAUAGCAAAUUAAAUUAUCAUACAUAUGGUGGUACAAAUUGAAGGAGUUAUGUCUUCGCCGUGUGCAAUUA